AUGACCCCCGGGCACGGAGCCUUCAUCAUCGCCAUCAGCAUCAUCCUCAUCAGAGGAGACAGGCAGCUCUGCCAGCCUGGAGGCCUGCGGGAUGGAUGGGAGUUGCUCAUCCCAGACACCCGCAUCAUCCGCGUGCAGUCCCCGGAGGGCGUGAAGCGCAUCACGGCCACCAAGCGCGAGACCGUGGCGACGUUCCUCAAGAAGGUUGCAAAAGAGUUUGGUUUCAGGAAUAAUGGCUUUUCUGUCUACACCAAUAGAAACAGGACAGGAGAGAUCACAGCGUCGCAAAACAAAUCCCUCAACUUGCUGAAAAUCAAGCACGGCGACAUGCUGUUCCUGUACCCCUCGAGCCCCGCGGGCUCCUCCUCAGAGACCAUGGACACCUCUGGCUCCCAAAGCCUGCGGCCCGCGGGGGCCCCCCAGGUGGUGGAAGAUGAGAUCGACCAGUAUCUGAUCAAGCAGGACGGCAAGAUUUACCGGAACCGAGACCAGCAGCUGUGCCGCCACGGCCCGCUCGGUAAAUGCGUGCACUGCGUCCCGCUGGAGCCCUUUGAUGAGGAUUAUUUAAACCAUCUGGAACCUCCUGUGAAGCAUAUGUCUUUCCAUGCCUACAUCAGGAAGCUGACCGGAGGGGCAGACAAGGGGAAAUUCGUUGCCCUGGAAAACAUCAGCUGCAAGAUUAAAUCAGGCUGUGAAGGGCACCCUCCUUGGCCAGAGGGCAUUUGCACCAAGUGUCAGCCCAGCGCCAUCACUCUCAAUAGACAGAAAUACAGGCAUGUUGACAACAUCAUGUUUGAGAACCACACAAUUGCAGAUCGCUUCCUAGACUUCUGGCGGAAGACGGGAAACCAACAUCUGGGAUAUUUGUACGGCCGGUACACAGAGCACAAGGACAUCCCCCUGGGCAUCCGCGCGGAGGUGGCUGCCAUCUACGAACCCCCGCAGAUCGGUACACAGAACAGCCUGGAGAUCCUGGAAGAUCCAAAAGCAGAGGUGGUGGAUGAGAUUGCUUCAAAGCUUGGACUGAGAAAGGUUGGCUGGAUAUUUACUGACCUGGUCUCGGAAGACACGCGGAAAGGGACGGUUCGAUACAGCCGAAACAAGGACACUUAUUAUCUAAGUGCAGAAGAGUGCAUCACAGCUGGGAACUUUCAGAACCAGCAGCCCAACAUCUGUCGACUUUCUCCAGAUGGUCAUUUUGGAUCCAAGUUUGUCACGGUUGUGGCUACAGGUGGUCCCGACAACCAGGUCCACUUUGAAGGGUACCAGGUGUCGAACCAGUGCAUGGCGCUGGUCCGAGACGAGUGUUUGCUGCCCUGCCGGGACGCCCCGGAGCUGGGCUACGCCAAGGAGUCCAGCAGCGAGCAGUACGUGCCCGACGUGUUCUACAAGGACAUAGACAAGUUUGGCAACGAGAUCACGCAGCUGGCUCGCCCGCUGCCCGUCGAGUACCUGAUCAUCGAUAUUACUACAACUUUCCCCAAGGAUCCGGUCUACACUUUUUCCAUUUCUCAAAAUCCCUUCCCCAUCGAGAACCGUGAUGUGCUGGGGGAAACUCAGGACUUCCACAGCUUGGCCACGUACCUGUCCCAAAACACCUCCUCGGUUUUCCUAGACAUCAUUUCUGAUUUCCACCUGCUCCUCUUCCUGGUCACGAACGAGGUGAUGCCUCUGCGGGACAGCAUCAGCCUCCUGCUAGAGGCCGUGAGGACCAAGAACGAGGAGCUGGCGCAGACGUGGAAGAAAUCGGAGCAGUGGGCGACCAUCGAGCAGCUCUGCAGCACGGUGGGCGUCCCGCUCUCAGGACUGCACGAGUACGGCGCCAUGGGCGGCGCGGCGCACGCCGCCGCCGCGGCCAUG